CCAAAAAACUACUCUUGUCCACUCAUUCACAUUUGAGUCGGCUUGAGUCUUUGCUCUUCAUUACUUCCAUUUACUGUUUAUCUCGUUCAAAAUUCAGCUAUUAGCUACAACUUCUUUACAAGCUUAUUUGCUUUAAGAAAAUCAAAACAAGAUGGCUGCAGCUGCAACUAUGAUAGGAGGUGCUUUUCUCUCUGCAACUCUUCAAACCUUAGUUCAGAAACUGGCCUCAACUGAGUUUCUUGAUUACAUCCGAAACACCAAGCUGGAUGUCUCCCACUUGAGAAAGUUACAAACAACCCUGCUCACUCUUCAGGCUGUGCUGGAUGAUGCAGAAGAGAGGCAGAUCAACAAUCUUGCUGUCAAAAAAUGGCUAGAUGACUUGAAAGAUGUUGUCUUAGAUGCUGAGGAUUUGGUCGGUGAAAUAAGUUACGACUCCCUUCGAUGUAAGAUGGAGAAUACACAAGUUGGAAACAGAACUAAUAAGGUGUGGAACUUUCUUUCAUCUCCUUUUAAAAACUUCUAUAGAGAUAUCAAUUCCCAAUUGAAGAUCAUGUGUGAAACCCUUGAACCUUUUGCACAACAUAAAGAUACCCUUGGAUUGCAAACAAAAAGUGCUAGAGUUUCUCGUAGACCACCUUCAAGUUCAGGGGUUAAUGAAUCUGUCAUGGUGGGUAGGAAUGAUGAUAAAGAUACAAUCAUUAAUAUGCUUGUAUCAGAUAGUGGCACCAGAAAAAAUAAUAAUUUAGACGUUGUUGCAAUUUGGGGUAUGGGAGGUGUGGGAAAAACGACCCUUGCACAACUUGUUUACAAUGAUGAAAAAGUUGAACAACAUUUUGAUUUCAAAGUCUGGGUUUGUGUAUCAGAAGACUUUGAUCUUGUGAGAGUAACCAAAUCUCUCCUUGAAUCAGUUGUUAGAAAUACAACAUCUAAUGCUUCAAAGGUAUGGAAAAGCGAUAAUCUUGACAUUCUUCGAGUUGAAUUAAAUAAAAACACGAGGAAGAAAAGAUUUUUGAUUGUGUUGGAUGAUUUGUGGAAUGAUAGUUACAAUGACUGGGAUGAGCUAGUAAGUCCCCUUGUUGAUGGAGAACCUGGAAGUUCGGUGAUUAUAACAACGCGUCAACAAAAAGUUGCAGAGAUGGCAAAGACAUUUCCUAUUUAUAAAUUAGACCCUCUGUCACAUGAAGAUUGUUGGUCUAUACUCUCAAAACAUGCAUUGGGAAAUGAUGAAUAUCACGACAGUAAAAACAUAGCCCUUGAAGAGAUUGGUAGGAAGAUUGCAAGAAAGUGUGGCGGAUUGCCAAUAGCUGCUAAAACACUGGGAGGACUUCUACGUUCAAGGGUAGACACAAUGGAAUGGACUAGGAUUUUAAACAGUGAUGUAUGGAACUUACCAAAUGAUAACAUUAUGCCUGCUUUACAUUUGAGUUACCAAUAUCUUCCAUCUCAUUUGAAAAGAUGUUUUUCAUAUUGUUCAAUUUUUCCAAAGGAUUAUCCACUUGAUAAGAAGAAAUUGAUUUUGUUGUGGAUGGCAGAGGGUUUCCUUGAUUGUUCUCAAGCAGGUAAAUUGGCGGAGGAAGUAGGUGAUGAAUGCUUUAUUGGAUUGUUGUCUAGAUCCUUAAUUCAACAGUCGAACGGUGGAGCUCGAGGAAAAUAUUAUUUCAUGCAUGACCUUAUCAACGACUUAGCUACUGCCGUAUCUGGAAAAAUUUGUGGUCAGUUUGAAUGUGGUGACAUCUCUGAAAAGGUUCGUCAUUUAUCAUAUAUUCAAGAAGAUUAUGAUAUUUUCAUGAAGUUUAACCACUUCUACAAUUUUAAAUGCUUGCGAAGUUUCCUUCCUAUUUCCCAUCAUAUGUGGCCUAAAUACUUAUCCCUCAAGGUGGUUGAUGAUUUGCUACCAACAAUGAAAAGGUUGCGGGUGUUAUCACUAUCAAAGUAUGUAAACAUCAUCAAUCUACCGGAUUCAAUUGGCAAUUUGGUGCAAUUGCGGUAUCUAGAUUUGUCCUUCACUGAAAUCAAAAGCCUGCCUGAUACAAUAUGUAACCUUCAUAAUUUGCAAACCUUGAUUUUAUUAGGUUGCAACUGUCUCACUGAAUUGCCAGUGCAUAUUGGAAAUUUAAUCAGUUUACGUCACCUUGAUAUAAGUGAGACUGACAUAAAAGAGUUGCCUACGGAAAUUGGUGGACUAGAAAACCUCCAAACUUUGACUAUUUUUUUAGUGGGUAAGCGACAUGAAGGGUUAAGUAUCAAAGAACUAAGAAAAUUUCCAAACCUACAAGGAAAAUUUACCAUCAAAAACCUAUACAAUGUGGUUGACGCAAAAGAGGUAGAAGCUGCCAACCUGAAAAACAAAGAGAAAAUUGAGGAGUUGGAGUUGAUAUGGGGAAAACAAAGUGAAGAUUCACUAAAAGUGAAAGAUGUGCUUGAAAUGUUGCAACCACCAAUAAACUUAAAGAGCCUACUUAUUGAUUUGUAUGGAGGGACAAGUUUUCCGAGAUGGCUUGGAAAUUCUUUGUUUUCUAACAUGGUGUCCAUUAACAUCCAUAAUUGUGAAUAUUGCUUGACACUUCCACCGCUAGGGCAACUACGCUAUCUCAAGGAGCUGAGUAUAUCUAAUUUGUUGUUAUUGGAGACAAUUGGACCAGAGUUCUAUUGUGUUCAAGAAGAAGAAUGUUCAGAUUCUAGCUUCCUACCAUUUCCGUCCCUUGAGCAUAUGAAAUUUCACUGCAUGCCAAAUUGGAAAUAUUGGCAUCCCUUUGAAGGCAUAAAUUGUGCUUUUCCUCGACUUCGAACAAUGGAGUUCCAUUAUUGUCCUGAACUAAAGGGACAUUUGCCUAGCAAGCUUUCUUGCAUGGAAGAAAUUAAAAUAAGGGAUUGUUAUAAUCUAUUGGAAACAUCACAUACUUUGAAUUGGCUAUCGUCAAUCAAAAAAGUAAACAUUGAAGAAGAUUUAGAUUCUGAAGUGUAUGCUCAAAGCACUCAAUGGUUAAUGCUUGAGACUGAAUCUCUGUUGCAACAUGCAACUUUUGAAAGUUACCCAAUGUCUAUGCCUAAAAUGAUUAUGAGUAGCGUUUGUCUUACUCACUUGGAACUCUAUCGUAUCCCGUCUCUUACUACAUUUCCUACAAAUGGUCUUCCCACUUCAUUGCAGUCACUUCGUAUUGAAGGGUGUAGGAAGUUAUCCUUAAUGCCUCCCGAAACUUGGAGAAAUUACACAUCCAUGACAAGUCUAGAUAUAUGUGAGAGUUGUGAUGCGCUUACGUCCUUUCCACUUAACGGUUUCCCUGCACUCCAAACACUUUCCAUUAGUAUAUGUAGAGGUUUGAAUUCCAUUUUCAAUUUAGAAAGUUUACCUUGGCCGUCAAGCCUCCGGUCACUUACAAUCAUCUCCCGUAGAGCAAUUGAAGUCAAUCUUCGGAUGGACACACUCACUGUUCUUGAACAUUUGUAUCUGAGUUGUGGAGAGUUGUCAUUUCGUGAAGGAGUUUGUCUACCUCCCAAAUUACAAUCAAUUUAUAUUUAUUUUGCAAGAACAAUGCCGCAUGUAAAGGAAUGGGGUCUCCAAGACCUUACCGCUCUUUCAAGAUUGAGAAUUCGAGAAAGGAGUGAAAUGGAUAACACCUUGAUGGACGAUUCGUUGCUCCCCAUCUCCCUUGUGUCUCUCAGUGUCAGUGGUAAUAUGUCCUUUGAAAGAAAUGGGCUUCGAAACCUCUCCUCUCUCGAAGAUCUCCGAUUUGAUCGUUGUCUACAUUUCAACUCAUUGCCGGAAAACUGCUUUCCUUCCUCGCUGAAAUCACUUGAAUUUAGUUUUUGUGACAAACUUGAGUCAUUUCCAGAAGACAACCUCCCUACCUCUCUUAAGCGACUGACCAUCAGACGUUGCCCAUUGUUAGAAGAAAGGUAUAAAAGGAAGGAAAAUUGGUCCAAAAUUGCUCACAUUCCUGUCAUACAAAUAAAUGACCAACUCACAAUAUGAAGACAAGUUGCCUUCCUAUUAUUUCAGGAGUGGCAGUUGAUGAAUUGAAGAUAAAAGGAGUGCAUGCUAUUGUUGUAGUUCUUCAUGUAACUUGUUUUAGAGGAACCAUAUGGUUGCCAUUGAUUGCCGCAAGAUUUGAUUUAUGUAGACAAUAUAAAGUCUGUACUUUAUCAUCAUUGUAUAUUGCUCAUAGGCUGCAGGAGCCAGUCAGAGAGAGUACAAUGCAGUAAGAUUUGUAAUAUUUUCUGAUUAUUUGAACGAUUCAUAAAAAGUGUAGUUUUAAACCUUGUGUUCCACUGCUUUAUUAGUAUGUGGCGACAUGAAGCAUAAAUAAAUGGAACAAGUUGAAGGAUUGUUCUAAUCUAUUGGAAACAUCACAUACUUUGAAUUGGCUAUCGUCAAUCAAAAAAGUAAGCAUUACAGAAGAUUUAGAUUCUCAGGUUUAUGCUCAAAGAACUCAAUGGUUAAUGCUUGAGACCGACUCUCCGUUGCAUUGUGCAACUUUUGAAAGUUAUCCAAUGUCUAUUUCAAAAAUGAUUACGAGCAGCAUUUGUCUUACUCACUUGGAACUCUAUGAUAUUCCGUCUCUCAUUGCAUUUCCCACAAACGGUCUACCCACUUCAUUGCAGUCACUUCGUAUUAUAAACUGUAGCAAGCUAUCCUUCAUGCCUCUGGAAACAUUUCAAAAUUACACAUCACUCGUGAGUCUGUUUUUAUUGGCUAGCUGUGAUGAACUGACAUCCUUUCCACUUAAUUGGUUCCCUUCACUCCAAACACUUUCCCUUGCUUGGUGUAAGAGUCUGGAUUCCGUUUUUAUUUCAGAAAGUCCUUCACUUUGGGAGUCAAGCCUCCGAUCACUUGAAAUCAUGUGCAGUAACUCAAUUGAUUUAUUUAAAGUCAAUCUUCAGACGGACAUGCUCACCGAACUUGAACAUUUGAAUAUGAUGAUCCCUUGUGGAGAGUUGUCAUUUUGUGAAGGAGUUUGUCUACCUCCCAAACUAUAGUUAGUUGUGAUUUAUUCAUCAAGAACAACGCCGCAUGUAAAGGAAUGGGGUCUCCAAGACCUAACCGCUCUUUCAAGUUUAACAAUUGGAGUAAGUGAUGAAAUG